CUCAGGAUUCAAUCCUCUACAACUACACGCUGGUGCUACGACGUGUUACAGCGGAUCGUCCCUUCCUGCAGCGACCUUCCCCUGGGCGUCACGGCGGUUCCGGAGGUGUUAGAGAUUUUUUCUAAAAGUCCUUUUCAGGACUGACUGAGCAUUCUCCAGCGCGGCAUGUCCCGCUGUUCUCUUGGGUGCGGCACCCUCAUCGAGGAGGGGGAUGGACACGAUCGCUGCAUUAGGUGUCUGGGCGUCCAGCACACUGAAGCAGCGUUCGUUGACACAUCUGCCUGCACUGCGGGCAGAUUGUCAUUCAGAAGUUGCGGUCACGGGUGGCUGUCUUCCUACGGGAACCAGCCACCAUUUCGUCUGCUACCCGGGCUGUGACAUCUGUGGCUACGGCCCCGAUGACCACCCACGUUAGCAGCGUUAGUGAUAUGGGGAACUCUGCGAACGUAAACCCGCCAGCCAAGUGCUCACGGGCCGAUCGCACCCCGAUUCGCUCUUCUGAACGUUCCCCAACCGGCGGUGGCAUACCGUCCGGAUCCUCACGCACACACUCGGAAACGAUGUGUGACGUAGAUGAGAUGUCGCUCGCAGCAUCGGAGGGAGACUGGCAUCCGACUCUGCCGAAUCCAAACUCCACCCCCAGCGGUCGAGUUCAGGAGGAAGCAGAAGUGAUGUCAUCCGUGCUAACCCGGGGAUGCGUGGUUCCCGAGGUCGGUGCGUGGUGCAAACCGCGCCCACCCCGGGUGCCAUGUUUUUCCCGGAGGUGCAUGAGGAGCUGUGUAAAACUUGGAACGCUCCACCCACGGACCGUUCCAGUGAAACCAGCUCUGGCUCCCUUACUUCCCUCGAUGGUGAGGCAGCCAAGGACUGCGUCGAGAUCCCCCGGGUGGAACGUCCGCCUGCGGUCCACCUGUGCCGCGGACGGCUACCACCUGGGGGGGGAUCGACCACUCCUACCGUCCAAAGCACGUAAGACUUCGGCAUCACUGGUGUCGAAAGCUUGCGAUGUUGCGGGCCAGGCUGCCUCCUCUCUCUAUGCCUUGGCCAUCCUGCAGGUCCGCCAGGCCAGGGCGUUGAGAGGGCUCCACGAGGGUAAGGCCGACCCGGGUAUAAUGCAGGAUCUCCGUGCCACCGCUGACAGCGCUCUACGGGCGACUAAGGCGGCGGCACGGGCCCUGGGUCGGACGAUGUCCACGGUAGUGGUCCAGGAGAGACACCCCCGGCUAUACCUUGUGCAGAAGAGUGACAGCAAGGAAGUCCGCUUUCUUGAUGCACUCAUCUCGCAGGGUGGGUUGUUGGUAACACCGUCGAGGACUGCGCUCAGCAGUUUUUUGACGGCGAAGCAGACAGUGGCAAUUAACCACAUUUUUUUCACGCCGCGACUCGGCCGCCUACAGGCCUCCAAGAUCUCACGUGACGUCUGCUUCCCUGCAACCCAGGACCCUUUCGAUAUCGGCUCCGGUUCCUGUGCCCCCACAGGCGGCACCCCGGAAGCAGAGGUCGAGGGGGAAACCUCCACCCCGUCAGCAACCUCCUCGCGAGAAGGGACACUGACGGGAAGACCCCAGGGAGAACAACAUCGGGCCCGAACCUUCACAGCCUUCGAUCUUCCUCGACACCGGCCGUUCCCACGGUUCGCGUGCGAGAGGCGGGCAUAUCAGUACAGAGUCCUCCCUUUCGGUCUGUCCCUGACCGCCCUUUCUCCCUGAGAGGAGGAAGGCGAGGCGGUACUAAACUAUCUCAGCGACUGGCCUAUCUUGGCACACUCGCGAGAUCUGUUAUGUACACAAAGGGACCUGGUGCUCCGGCACCUAGGUCGAUUGGGACUCCAGGUCAACCAAGAGAGGGGCAAGCUCUCCCCAAUGCAGAGCAUCCUCUUUCUCGGUAUGGAACUCUACUCUGUCACCAUGUCGGCGCACCUGUCCGCAGUUGUGCCCAACCAGUGUUGAACUGUCUGAAAUGAACAUUUUAGGCAGACAGCGGUCCCCCUGAAACAAUUCAGAGGCUCCCGGGACACAUGGCGUCCUCGCGGGUUAAUACCCCUCGAGUUGAUGCACAUGACACCGCUCCAACACUGGUUUCAGAGUCGAGUUCCGAGGAGAGCGUGGCACACCGGCAGCAGGCGCAUGGUGAUGCCGCCCUGCUGCCGACGCACCAUAACCCCUAGUCUUUAUGACUUUUUCGACGGACUCAGGUCCCUCUGAGCAGGUUAUGAGGCAGGUCGUGGUGACGACUGAAGUCUCCCUGCAGGGGUGCGGUGUAGUGUGCAACGGGCACGCGGGUGGGGUGUUGGACGAACCCCCGCCUGCGCUGGCAUAUCAAUUGCCAAGAGUUGUGGGCUAUGCUACUUGCACUGAGCAGGCUACGGCCUCUCGUGCGAGACAUGCACGUGCUGUUCCGAGGACAGCACUAUAGCUGUAGCGAAUACAGAUCGUCAGGGUGGCGUUCGCACACAGCAGCUAAACACAACUUGCUCGACGCCUCCUCCGGUGGAGUCAACAGGUGACCCGUUCCCUGCAGGCCACACACCCAGGUAAAACCUGUUCACCUCCCGUAACACCACCAUUUGCCCGCUUGAUAGUCCCUGCCCUCGGCAAGGAUAUCCUUGCGCACAGCUGGCCGCGGGAUGGGCGGAAGCACACCUUCCCCCCCCCAGGAGCCUUCUUGUACAGACUCUGUGCAAGGUCAGGGAGCAGGAGCACCAAGUGUUAUUGGUUACACCACACCGGUCUAACCGCACUUGGCCUCAGAGCCGAUGCUCUGGACAGCGACUCCCCCUGAACCAUUCCCCUGACAGAGGACCUGCUCUCUCAGGGGAAGGACACGUUCUGGCAUCCCAGAUCAGACCUCUGGAACACCCAUGUCUGGUCUCUAGACGGGACGAGAAGAUCCUAAGAUGGCUACUACCCCUAUACGGCUGAGACCAUCACCCAGGCUAGGGCCCCAUCUACUAGGCGGUUACACGCCUCUAGACGGUGCCUCUUCUCGUCCUGGUGUCUUUCUCAACGAGAAAAACCCACUGAGGUGCUUGAUCAGGAUUGUGUUCCCCUUCUCACGAGACUGGAGACUAACAUCUCCCUUCGACACUGAAAGUGUAUGUAGUCGCUAUUGCCACUCAUCACGACUCAGUCGGUGGAAAGUUUCUAGGGCAACACGACCUGGUCACCAGGUUCCUAAGCAGCGAGAGGGCGGAAUCCGCCUCAUCUCAGCUCCAUACCCUCUUGGGACCCUAAGUGGUCCUGGGGAGCCUCAGGGCCCCCCAAAGAGCCCCUCGGAGGUUCCGAUCUUCCUCAUAGAGUAAGACGGCCCUCCUGACGGCGCUUACUUCCUUCAAGAGGGUAGGGGACCACCGAGCAUCCUCCGUGUCCCUGGAUUGCCUUAAACUCGGCCCUGGAAACUCUCACGAUCACGUGAGAGUUGCCAGGCCCAAAUUCUAGGCAUCCCUGAGACAAGGAAAAAGCCUGGAGGUCGCCCAACCUCUUGAUAUAGGCAAGCGCCAUCAAGAGCGCUGACUUCAUCGAGAGAUCUGCUGCUCUGCGUCGUAAAUCCAGCAGUGAAACAGUCUCGAAGAGAUGCGCUUGUACUCUUACAAGGGCAGGUUCCGAAGAACAAAGGAUGAUGUAUAUACGGGGGCGGAGACUGGCGUGGGCGGGCCAUUCGCCAAAGCCCAUUGGCGUUUUAGAUUUAUCUCGGAGAUGAUAGGUUCUCAGAAUCAAACCCCAGUCUGUCUCUCAACACAACGUCAAGAGACCGACUGAUGGGGAACCCAGAUUUUCCCUCAUUUCAAGCUUAAUAUACUAUUUUCACUAAACCUACUUUUUGAAACAGGCCCCAGGUACAUAGGGUGCUCAUAAUGUUGCUCCACUUCCUCUGUGAUAACAGUGAUAAGUGUUUGUCAGUUUUGUCAUGGUCACAUGUCAGAAACUACAGUACAGUAUGCCCUUGUGUAAAGCUGCUUUAGUGUAAACUGUGAACAGCGCUAUACAAAUAAACUUAAAUUGAAAAUUA